AUGACUCUGCCAUGCGGAACUAAUUUUCAUAUAAAAGAUGAAUUAUUAACAAUAUUAUUUUUCAAUCUAGAGCAGGAUGCGGUCCGCACUGAUGCUCUGUGCUUUUGUCGGAUUAUUUAUAGUACUGAACCUAGGCGUCAACGUAAAUAUUUCAAUUAUAAUAGUUCAUCGAAAAUUAAUAAGUCAAGUUUUCAGGAUGCAGUCGUCUUCAAAUUCACGAACUUCGUCUGCGAGAGCUACAACAAAUCCUUUUUUGUGUUCAACACUUGCCGCCUGAAGGCAAUCAAUCGAAAUAAAGUUGUUUUCAAUAUGAAUGCGACUAUACUGCACCCGGCCAAUGCCAUUACGAUACAUUACAGGAUUUUCAAAAAGGCAAACGGCUUUAAGCCCUGGAUAAUUGACAGAACUAUUGAUAUCUGUCGGUUUAUGCGAACCGGCUACGACCCUUACUUCAAAAUAGUCGCUGGUCUCUAUCGUGAGUUUACGAAUAUGAAUCAUACAUGUCCGUAUGUGGGACAUCAAAUUAUAAAGGGCUUUUAUCUGAAACCUGAGCUCCUGCGUCUACCCUUUCCAUCAGGCGAUUAUCUGCUGUCUUUGCGAUGGAUCUUUGGCAAGAACUCAAUUGAUACAAAUGCGAGUUUUUCUUUCGUAGAGGACCUGCUGAAGAGCAAAUAAAACAUUCGAUGCGCUCUGUUGUGAUCAUCUGUGCUUUCAUCGAAUUUUUUCUAAUAUUGAACCUAUCGUAAACGUCAUGCUUUUCAAGGGGAAAUCAAUGUGCGAAAUUUUGAUGGUGUUGUCAUCUUCAGGUUAACGAAAGUCGUC